UUUCACAACAAACCCAGCGAUAUGUUGCCGACGGUGUUGAGAAGAAGCACGAAUUUAGCGAAGCAGAUGCUUUAUAAUCGGGGCAACUUAGCUCACAAACGUCUGUAUUCAACAGAUAAUACCGAGAAGCACGGGAAUAACCGGAAGGAGGCUUUAUUGGCACUGAACUACCGCCUUGAGCACGUGGACAGCACUGUACCGGAAGCUGUGGUUAAACAUCCGGGUCUCUCCUACAACGACUACGACUCUAAUGGUCAGCCAAAGAUAUGGAUGAUAAUGAAGAUGUUAGAGUCUAUACGUUUCUUUGCUCAUCACUAUCCCCUAGACGACACGGGACGGACUUUCAGAGACUACGAACAAAUGACCAAGGAUUGUCUCAUGUUUCUGGUCACAUCGGAGUUUAUACUUAGCAAAGGAAUAUACAGGCCUUCCCCGAUUACACCCUGGAUGAAAACCAGCGUUAAGGGCGGUUAUGUAGGAAAAACUUCUUUGAAUGCCUCGACGGAAAUGAGGUGUGAAAAUAGUGGACAAAUCAUGGCUUCCAAUAUCAACCAAAUCGUCUGCGUGGACAAGCGAAGCAGACGACCCAUGCCUCUUCCGUUGUGGUGGCGGGAAAAAUAUUCCGAAUCUGGGAAAAAGCACAAGGCUUUAAAUAUCAACAAGUUUGAAAUACCUGACGAAACCUGUAUUUAUCAUACUAAUGUAGCUUGGAGUGAUACCGAUUUAAACCUCCACGCCAACUGGACAGCCUACGCACGUUUUGCGGUAGAUGCAGCCCACCACUGUUACCAAAAUGGCGCGUUGCAGAAUUUUGAGGACAAUUUUGCCAACGGAAUUCACAAAGUUCAAAUUUAUUUCUAUGGAGAAAGUGUUCAGGGCGAUAAACUGGCCGUGCAUGUAUGGGAGGACAAAACAGACCAUCGUUUAUUAAUGGUGGACAUUUUCAACAAAGGUCAAUCUAUUUGUCAAAUUAAGCUGUUUUUCCAUUAAGUUCUUUUCGUUACAUGUAGACCUGUUCAGACUUACUUUUAUAUUUUAUUUGUCAGUUUUUAUGUCACAUGUCAUACAAAUACAUACUUCAGAAAUAAUCAGCAGAUGAACAUACGAUGAGGGAGAGGAAGUGCGGACACAGUGUGAAUAAACAGAGGGCCACAUUGCCAAAAUUAAUUGUUUUGUCCAUUUUUUUCGAAUCUUGAGUUACAAUAUAUUCCAUGCUGGAAAAUCAUAUUGAUGUUGAUAUAUUCUAUUCUACCAUGCUAAAGUGUAAUUGAAUCUACAUCAAUGUUUAUAAGGCAUCGCGACCUAUAUUAU